GGUGGUGGUGGUGGCGGCAGCAGCGGGGCGGCUUGCGAGGUGUGAGCGGCGGGAGGAUGCCUGGAAGCGGUGGUGAGAUUCCGACCAGGAGCCGGAGACGCGGACCGGCGGUGUCAGUAGCCGUGACGGCUGGCCUGUUGCUGUCGCUGCUGCUGUGGAUCUCGGUCCACAAGGUGGAGGAGGGACACCUGGCUGUCUACUACAGGGGAGGUGCACUGCUCCCUACCCUGAGCAGACCAGGCUAUCACAUCAUGAUCCCAAUUCUCACAACGUACAGAUCAGUACAGACAACAUUGCAGACAGAUGAAGUGAAAAACGUACCAUGUGGGACAAGUGGUGGUGUCAUGAUCUAUAUUGACCGAAUUGAGGUGAUGAAUAUGCUGGCACCAUAUGCAGUUUAUGACAUUGUGAGGAAUUACACUGCCGAUUAUGACAAGGCGCUCAUCUUCAAUAAGAUCCACCACGAACUCAACCAGUUUUGCAGCAUCCAUACCCUGCAGGAGGUGUACAUUGAGCUCUUUG